UCUCUCUCCCACUCUCUCUCUCUCUCUGUUCAUUGGCAUAAGGGUGUGACAGCAUCUACGAAAUUAGGAAGGGAAGAAACCAAAGCAUAUCAAAGAAGGUGUAAGGAAAAAAAGAGAGUGUGUUUUCGUUUUACUAAGUACACCUUUCUGAUUUCUGAAAAGCACUACACCUUUUCUGCACCUUCUCACGUGGUUUAUAUAUCCUUUUUUCUAAUAUUUCAUUUUUCAUCAUCAACUCUUAUAUAUAAUACAGUGAUAUUUUGCUAUAAAUGAAGACAUGAAGAUUGAAAAUUCUUGUGAUAAUACAAUGGCUUUGGAAACUCUUUCAUCAUCAUGCAAUGAGUUUUCAAAUUCAAACUUCAUUAUCUAUGACACAAUUUCUGCAACUUCAUUUAGUAGUAACCUUAUUGAUACUACAAAUGAGUCUAGUUUCUUGGAAAAUACAAUGAACUAUGAUCAUGAACAAGCACAUCAUGAAGCAGAUGCUGCAAUAUUUGAUCAAAGUAACUGUUCUAUGAUGAAUAGUAGAAAAAGACAAUCUAUGGAACAAGAAGAAACAAUGAAUAAUCCUCAAGUGGUGCAAAGGAAAAAGAGGAGGAGAAAACCAAGAGUUUGUAAGAACAAAGAAGAAGCUGAGACACAAAGAAUCACACAUAUUACUGUUGAAAGAAACCGUAGAAAACAAAUGAAUGAACAUCUUGCUGUACUUCGUUCACUCAUGCCUGAAUCCUAUGUUCAAAGGGGUGACCAAGCCUCAAUAGUAGGUGGUGCCAUAGAGUUUGUGAAGGAGUUAGAGCAUCUCUUGCAAUCACUUGAAGCUAGAAAGUUACAACUUGUACAACAAGAAGUAACACAAAACAAUGAAGACAUGGCAAUAUCAAAACCACCUUUUGCACAAUUUUUUGUGUAUCCUCAAUAUACAUGGUCCCAAACACCUAACAAAUACACAUCCAAGACCAAAGCUGCCAUAGCUGAUAUCGAGGUUACAUUGAUCGAGACUCAUGCAAACCUUAGAAUUCUCACUAGGACAAGACCAGGACAACUAACUAAAUUAGUGGCUGGUUUUCAAAGACUCUUCCUUAGUAUCCUACAUCUCAAUGUCACUACCAUACAACCUUUGGUGUUCUACUCUAUCAGUGCCAAGGUUGAAGAAGGAUUCCAACUUGGAUCAGUAGAUGGAAUUGCAACAGCAGUUCACCAUUUACUUGGAAGAAUUGAGGAAGAAGCUUCACUAACUUGCUGUUAAUGUGAGGGUGCAACUAGCAUCUAGAGAGAGAGUGAAAGGAAAAUAAUAUAUGCAAAUGGCUUGAGUUUUUGGUUUGUUAGUUUGAUGUUGAGUUGAUGUGUUAUUUGUUGAUUUUAACUAUAGACUAUAGUAGCUGUUGGUUGUGCUUUGUUCCUACAAGUAUAUACAACUUGUUUGGGAAUAUGGUUUCCAUAAAUAGUCGAGAAAUUAGGGUUGGAACCUAAUGGUAAAAAAUGCUGACAUAGUUUAUCUUGUGUGCAGUUUAUAGUUGUAUUGUCCUCUUCAAUGGCCCAGUAUGAAGGUCAUUUUGUAGUGAUAAUCAUCUAUGACAUAAUUUUCUAAUAAUAUUUUCUGGUUUUUGAAUA